CGCACGAUGAGGUUGAUCGUAGGCUGCGGGCGAGGGUCCUCGAGGGCAUUGAUCACGUGAUACGCAUGUGCGCCAACUCUCUGGCGAUGGUCAGAAAUGGGACGUCUCCGGCUUCUAGGCUGCCGUCAACCAAAUGGACGGAGAGGUUAGAAGGGGAGGAGCAGGCGGAGGUGGAGGUCAACGUUACGGUGGCGGCAGACGGAAGCGGGGAUUUUAGGACGGUGGGGGCCGCGGUGGACGCGGCGCCGGAGAAAAGUAAGAGUAGGUAUGUGAUCGAGAUAAAGGAGGGGAGGUAUGACGAGUAUGUGUUUGUUGGGAAGAAGAAGGUCAAUCUGAUGUUUGUGGGGGCGGGGAGGGGGAGGACGGUCAUUAGUGGGAACAAGAGCGUGGCGGAUAAGUUCUCCACCUUCUGGACCGCAACCCUGGCUGUAGUUCCGACGGAUCUAUUCCUCGCCCGCGACCUGACGAUAGAAAACACCGCCGGCCCGUCAAAGGGCCAGGCGGUGGCCCUCCGCGUCAAGGCCAACUUCUCUGCCUUCUACAACUGCGACAUCCUGGGCUACCAAGACACGCUGUACGCCUUCCACGGCCGGCAGUUCUACCGCAACUGCCUGAUCCGGGGGACCGUCGACUUCAUCUUCGGCAACGCCGCCGUCGUCCUCCAAGACUGCGACAUAGAAGUUCGUCAGCCCAACCCGGGCCAGAAAAACAUGGUCACGGCCCAAGGGCGCAAUGACCCGGAUGAGCCCACGGCCAUAUCGAUCCAUCGGUGUAGGAUUGGGGCGGAGCCCGGGUUUAACAAAUCCUUGAACCCGUCGUACUUGGGCCGGCCCCGGAAAGAGUACUCGAGGGCAGUGAUUAUGCAGUCCAAUAUCACUGAAGUGAUCCAUCCAGCAGGGUGGCAUGAGUGGGAUGGGCGGUUUGCACUGGAUACUUUGUAUUACGGUGAGUAUAAUAACAGUGGGCCUGGUGCUGAUACGGCCCAAAGAGUUAACUGGACUGGGUAUAGGGUUAUUUAUAAUUCUACUGAGGCCCAACAGUUUGCUGCUGGGAGCUUGAUUACUGGUUCAGAGUGGUUGGGGUCCACAGGGUUCCCCUAUUACCUUGGAUUGUGAGUCCAGAUGGA